GAGCGGAGCGGGCGGCCCCGUGCGGCCCCUCAGAGCCGGGGCGGCGGCGGCGGCGAAGAUGGCGGCGGCGGACGGCGACGAUUCGCUUUACCCCAUCGCGGUGCUCAUCGACGAGCUCCGCAACGAGGACGUGCAGCUGCGCCUCAACAGCAUCAAGAAGCUCUCAACCAUCGCGCUGGCGCUGGGCGUGGAGCGAACCCGCAGCGAGCUCCUCCCUUUCCUCACUGACACCAUCUACGAUGAGGACGAGGUGCUGCUGGCGCUGGCGGAGCAGCUGGGCACCUUCACCGCCCUCGUGGGGGGACCCGAGUUCGUGCACUGCCUGCUGCCGCCGCUGGAGAGCCUGGCCACGGUGGAGGAGACGGUGGUGCGGGACAAGGCGGUGGAGUCGCUGCGGGCCGUGUCCCACGAGCACUCGCCGCCCGACCUCGAGGGUCACUUUGUGCCGCUGGUCAAGCGCCUGGCGGGCGGCGACUGGUUCACGUCGCGCACCUCGGCCUGCGGCCUCUUCAGCGUCUGCUACCCGCGCGUCUCCAGCCCCGUCAAGGCCGAGCUGCGGCAGUACUUCCGGAACCUGUGCUCGGACGACACGCCCAUGGUGCGGCGCGCGGCCGCCUCCAAGCUGGGCGAGUUCGCCAAGGUGCUGGAGCUGGAGCACGUCAAGAGCGAGAUCAUCCCCAUGUUCUCCAACCUGGCCUCGGACGAGCAGGACUCGGUGCGGCUGCUGGCGGUGGAGGCGUGCGUGAGCAUCGCGCAGCUGCUGCCGCAGGAGGAGCUCGAGGGGCUGGUGAUGCCCACGCUGCGCCAGGCGGCCGAGGACAAGUCGUGGCGCGUGCGCUACAUGGUGGCCGACAAGUUCACCGAGCUCCAGCGCGCCGUGGGCCCCGAGAUCACCAAGACCGACCUGGUGGGCGCCUUCCAGAGCCUGAUGAAGGACUGCGAGGCCGAGGUGCGCGCCGCCGCCUCCCACAAGGUCAAAGAGUUCUGCGAGAACCUGUCGCCCGACUGCCGCGAGGCCGUGAUCAUGGGCCAGAUCCUGCCCUGCAUCAAGGAGCUGGUGUCGGACGCCAACCAGCACGUGAAGUCGGCGCUGGCCUCGGUGAUCAUGGGGCUGUCGCCCAUCCUGGGCAAGGACAACACGGUGGAACACCUGCUGCCCCUGUUCCUGGCACAGCUCAAGGACGAGUGCCCCGAGGUGCGGCUGAACAUCAUCUCCAACCUGGACUGCGUGAACGAGGUGAUCGGCAUCCGGCAGCUGUCGCAGUCGCUGCUGCCGGCCAUCGUGGAGCUGGCCGAGGACGCCAAGUGGAGGGUGCGGCUGGCCAUCAUCGAGUACAUGCCGCUGCUGGCCGGCCAGCUGGGCGUGGAGUUCUUCGAUGAGAAGCUGAACUCGCUCUGCAUGGCCUGGCUGGUGGAUCACGUGUACGCCAUCCGCGAGGCCGCCACCAGCAACCUGCGCAAGCUGGUGGAGCGCUUCGGGCACACCUGGGCGCAGGGCACCAUCGUGCCCAAGGUGCUGGCCAUGGCCGCCGACCCCAACUACCUGCACCGCAUGACCACGCUCUUCUGCAUCAACGUGCUGUCGGAGGUGUGCGGCCAGGAGGUGACCACCACGCAGAUGCUGCCCACCGUGCUCCGCAUGGCCGCCGACGCCGUGGCCAACGUGCGCUUCAACGUGGCCAAGUCGCUGCAGCGCAUCGGGCCCAUCCUGGACAGCGGGACGCUGCAGACGGAGGUGAAGCCGGUGCUGGAGAAGCUGACGCAGGACCAGGACGUCGACGUCAAAUACUUCGCUCAGGAGGCGCUGACAGGUGAGGGCACACCUGGGACAGGUGGGGGACACACCUGGGGACACACCUGGGGACACACCUGGGGACACACCUGGGGACACCUGGGACAGGUGAGGGCACACCUGGGACAGGUGAGGGCACACCUGGGGACAGGUGAGGGACACCUGGGACAGGUGAGGGCACACCUGGGGACACACCUGGGAUACACUGGGACAGGUGAGGGGACACCUGGGACAGGUGAGGGACACACGUGGAGACACCUGGGACACACCUGGGACAGGUGAGGGACACACCUGGGACAUACC